AUGACGGUAAGAGCUCUCCCUGAGACAGUCAGGAGGAGAGGCAGCAGCGUGGCAGACAGGCUGGCUCUGCACGAGCUGCUGGCGGGCGAGCAGAGCCGGCGAGGGCGGAGGGGCCGGCGCUCCGCUAUCGCUGCCUGGAUAUUCCAGGAGAGCAGCACCCUCAACAACAACAACAUUAGCCGCAUCCUGGUCACCAGCUUCAACCACAUGCCGAAGAUUCGAACCUUGCGCCUCCACUCCAACCACCUGUACUGUGACUGCCACCUGGCCUGGCUCUCGGACUGGCUCCGGCAGCGGCGGACCAUCGGCCAGUUCACCCUCUGCAUGGCUCCCGUGCACCUGAGGGGUUUCAACGUGGCAGACGUGCAGAAGAAGGAGUACGUGUGCCCAGGCCCCCACUCAGAGCCUCCAGCCUGCAAUGCCAACUCCAUCUCCUGCCCUUCAGCCUGCACUUGCAGUAAUAACAUCGUGGACUGUAGAGGGAAGGGCCUGACGGAGAUUCCCGCCAACUUGCCAGAGGGCAUCGUUGAAAUACGCCUGGAACAGAACUCCAUCAAAUCCAUCCCUGCUGGAGCCUUCACCCAGUACAAGAAACUGAAGCGCAUAGACAUCAGCAAGAAUCAGAUUUCGGACAUUGCUCCGGAUGCCUUCCAGGGUCUGAAAUCGCUCACGUCACUGGUGCUCUACGGGAACAAGAUCACGGAGAUUGCCAAGGGACUGUUUGAUGGGCUGGUGUCCCUACAGCUGCUCCUCCUCAACGCCAACAAGAUCAACUGCCUGCGGGUGAACACGUUCCAGGACCUGCAGAGCCUCAGCCUGCUCUCCUUGUAUGACAACAAGCUGCAGACCGUCAGCAAGGGGCUCUUCGCCCCUCUGCAGGCCAUCCAGACACUCCACUUGGCCCAAAACCCGUUCGUGUGCGACUGCCACUUGAGGUGGCUGGCUGACUACCUGCAGGACAACCCUAUUGAGACUAGCGGGGCCCGCUGCAGCAGCCCGCGCCGGCUGGCCAACAAGCGCAUCAGCCAGAUCAAGAGCAAGAAGUUCCGCUGCUCAGGCUCGGAAGAUUACCGCAGCAGGUUCAGCAGUGAGUGCUUCAUGGACCUCGUGUGCCCGGACAGGUGCCGCUGCGAGGGCACCAUCGUGGACUGCUCCAACCAGAAGCUGGCCCGCGUCCCCAGCCACCUCCCCGAAUACGUCACCGACCUGCGACUGAACGACAAUGAGAUAUCUGUUCUUGAGGCCACUGGCAUCUUCAAGAAGUUGCCCAACCUGCGGAAAAUAAAUCUGAGUAACAACAGGAUCAAGGAGGUGAGGGAGGGCGCAUUUGACGGUGCGGCCAGCGUGCAGGAGCUGAUGCUGACGGGGAACCAGCUGGAAACGGUGCACGGGCGCGCGUUCCGCGGCCUCAGUGGCCUCAAGACCUUGAUGCUGAGAAGUAACCUGAUCAGCUGUGUGAGCAAUGACACCUUUGCUGGCCUGAGCUCAGUGAGGCUGCUCUCUCUCUACGACAAUCGGAUCACCACCAUCACCCCCGGAGCCUUCACCACACUUGUCUCCCUAUCCACCAUAAACCUGCUCUCCAACCCCUUCAACUGUAACUGCCACCUGGCCUGGCUCGGCAAGUGGCUGAGGAAGAGACGGAUCGUCAGCGGGAACCCCCGGUGCCAGAAGCCCUUCUUCCUCAAAGAGAUUCCCAUCCAGGACGUGGCCAUCCAGGACUUCACCUGUGACGGCAAUGAUGAGAGCAGCUGCCAGCUGGGCCCGCGCUGCCCCGAGCAGUGCACCUGUGUGGAGACGGUGGUGCGCUGUAGCAACCGGGGGCUGCGUGCCCUUCCCAAAGGCAUCCCCAAGGACGUGACAGAGCUGUGA